AUGGCGUCUUCCUCCCUGCUCUUCCUUCUUUGCUCAGCACCAAACCCCACAAUCAGCCAUGACUUCUCAAUUUCUCUUAUCCAUCGAGACUCUCCCAUGUCUCCAUUAUACAACUCUUCCAUGAUCCUCCAUGAUCGUCUCUUAGCAUCUGCUCGUCGCUCUAUCUCUCGCGCUCACCACCUUCACCUGCGGGCACUAAAUUCCUUACAAUCCAAUGACGAAGAACAACCACCGAAGAUCUCGUCGACGCUGUUAGCAGAUUACUAUGAAUACAUUGUUUCCUACAAAAUAGGGACCCCGACAUUCUUAGUUUCGGGAAUGUUGGACACAGGCAGUGAGUCCAUUUGGGGAAGACAAGGAUAUUUUUUCAUACCUUUUCGGUCUUCUUCCUCCACAAACGAGUUUUGUGAUGCUGGAAAUUGCGUUCGUUUCGGCUCUCAAAGAAGUACAUGCGCUGGCCGUACUGAUAUUUGCACCUGUGAUGUGAGGUAUAGAGACGGCACAAAAACAUCGGGGGUUCUUUCAUAUGACAAAUUUGCAUUUGACUCCCCAGAUGGUUCAAGUUUAUUAGACGUGGGUUACUUGAUGUUUGGUUGCUCUACUGAAUGUUCCAAAGAGUUCGAAGCAGAAAAUGGCUGUUUAGGCCUUAAUCGCGAGCAAUUUUCUCUAAUCUCUCAGUUACAAAUCAAAAGGUUCUCACAUUGCAUGGUGUUCCCACAAGGUCCAAAACAUGAACACGUUCAAAACAGAAUGUUCUUUGGAUCUAAAGCCGUAGUAUCUAGAAGUAACCUAACGCCAUUUGUCAAGGACAUGGAUUCUGCAUAUUAUGUGACUCUUGAUGGAAUCAGUAUAGGCCAAACCAAAGUUCCAAUACCAGAAGGUGCCUUUCAUCUUAAGCCACAAGGUGAUGGGGGAGUCAUAGUGGAUGCCGGGAUCACCUUGUCAAUGUUGAUAUCAGAAGGAUUUGACCCAUUGCUGAGGGCGAUGAGCCAAAUUGUGCAGAAACCCGUAAGUAAGAGUGGGGAUUUUGAGAUGUGUUUUAAGGACUUGGGCUCUGUACCAGAUGUGAUAUUUCACUUCUCUACUAAUGUUGAUGUGAGGCUGAAGAAGGAAAAUACUUUCAUAGAGUUGAUAAUGGGCUUUGGUGUCUUUCGAUUUUGA